UAACACGAAACAUCCACAAUGUCGUUCCUCUUCAACCGUCAACCCCAGCUCUCCUCCGAGCAAAAGAUAGCUCAAGCUGAGGCGGAGAUCGAUAUGGUGUCGGACAUGUACACACGGCUCGUACAAUCCUGCAGCAAGAAAUGCCUUGACACUUCCUACCGCGAGGCCGAUCUCAACAAGGGCGAGAGCGUGUGCCUGGACCGUUGCGUUUCCAAGUUUUUCGAGGUCAACGUCAAGGUCAGCGAGAAGAUGCAGGGCGAGGCGCAGGCAGGUGCCGGCGCACAGGGCAGGGGGUUUGGGAUGUAAACAGGGACAAUGAUGGCGAUGACA